AUGAUUGAUCUCUCUGAUGUUCGGUUUAUGUACUCGAAGGAGGAAGUGGAAGCCUUUCUUGAGGCGAAUCAAGUCUCCGUUGAAGAAUUACUCCAGUUCCUUAUUGAGGCCAUUAAACCUAAAGCGCGUGUUCCCAUUUCCCAGUUUCGUGUUGGUGCUGCAGCGUAUACAGAGAGUGGUCGGAUCUUUCUGGGAACAAACAUGGAGUUUCAAAAUGUGGCAAUGAACCAAACUGUACACGCGGAGCAAUGUACUUUGUCUAACGUUUAUCUUCACACUGCCUUUGGGCAAAAUGAAAAGAUCCGGAUCCUUGCUGUUUCUGAAGUUCCCUGUGGACAUUGUCGCCAGAUUUUGCAAGAACUACCAGACGCAAAGAAUAUUCGCGUGAUCGUUCAGAAAGCUGGAGUUGAUCAUCUGCUCUCGGAUCUUCUUCCUUAUUCUUUCGAGCUUCCGAUCGAUGGAAUCGUUCAUCAUCUCUUCGAAACCGCUUCCUUAUUCCCAUUGGAUCAAUUUGAAACGCCUUGUCAAAGUCAUCUUCGCCGAAUUCGUUCAGAAAUCGAACAGCACGCGAUUUCUCUCACUGAGGAUCGAUGGAACCGAAUCGAAUCUCGAUUGCUGGACUUGUUGCGACGAUCGUUUGCUUGGUAUUCGGGCCAUGCGAGUUCCGCGGUUAUUUUAUCGAAAACAGGGGACGCAUUUGGCGGGUGUGUGGAGUCGUCGGCUUAUAAUCCAACGAUCAAUCCGUUGCAAAUGGCGUUGAUCGAUUGCGAAUUGAAGGGAAUCGAGUUUGAGAGUGUGGAAGCAAUCUUGUUGGUGGAGAUGGAUGGAAAAGCAGCGAGUUAUGAAGGAUUUUUGAGAGAACUGGGGGAGAAAUUGAUCGGAAGAGAAAUCCCAGUGUUUUAUGUGGUAGUAAAGGCGAACUUGGGUGUUUGUUAG